AUGACGACGAAUCCCAACAAGAGAGAGGAAGAAUUGAGCGCCGCCGAAGUCCUGCGGCAACCAAUCACCCUGCCAUGCGGAAAGAUUAUCCCAAAUCGUCUAGUCCAGGCGUCGAUGUAUGAGGCUCUCGCGACGUUUGGCGGUGGUCUACCGAACAAUAUCCAUUUCAGACUGUACGAAGCAUGGUCGCACGGUGGAUGGGGAAUGAUACUGUGUGGUGCAGCACUUUGUUCUACUGAGCAUGUUUCUCUCGGUCAAGACCUCAUCAUGCUCCCGCGCACCAAAUUGGACUCAUAUAGUCGUCUUGCAAAGUCUAUCAAAGGUCCCCAACCCGGCCCAUCAUCUCCACUCGCCUUCAUGCAACUGAACCAUCCUGGGCGCCAGUCGAUGCGAGGCAACUUUCGCCCUCCGUGGUCUCCUGCCCUCGCACCCUCUGCAAUACCUAUGGAUUCCGAAGAGGGAUGGCUCGCUACCCUCGCAUACAGGACGUUUUACGGCAUACCUCGUGAGAUGACUGUGGAAGACAUCGAGCGUGUGGUAAGGCAGUUUACGGAUGCAAGUGUCAUGGCUUAUGAGACUGGUUGGGAUGGUGUUGAGCUACAUUGCGCUCAUGGAUACCUGCUCUCUACAUUCCUCUCGCCCCGGACGAAUCAUCGCAAGGACGCCUACGGCGGGAGCACACGUGCUCGCACCAAGAUAUUGUUGGACAUCAUUUCAUCCAUCCGGGCGACUGUACCUUCGUCUUUCGCCCUGGGAAUCAAGCUAAACUCCAGGGACAUGACGAAAGGUGGUCUUACUGAGGAAGAAGCCUUGGAACAGGUUCGACUGAUACACGAGCACGGAGGGGUUGACUUUAUCGAGAUAAGCGGGGGGACGUAUGAGGCAGUGGCAUUCAUGGAGUCAAGCGAUUCCACUGCCAAACCAUUCUUUGAACGUUUCGCCAUGGCGGCGUCUUCACUGCUUGCAAACGACCCGAACGCACCUCGUAUAAUCCUAACCGGCAACAUGCGUUCACGUGUCCAGUGCGCCGAGGUUGUCAAACACAACACAGCACAACUGUGUGGAAUGGGCCGACCAGCAGCGAUGGAUCCAGCAUUUGCUGCCAAACUGCUGGAUGAUCGUGUGCCGGAUGCCAAAGCCGCAGCACCUCCUCACGAUAUCAAAGCCGGUCCAAUUGUCAAGCUUGUCCCGGUCAAGGUCGUUGGCGCUUCAGCGGAAUCGAUGUAUCACAGCUUCGUGCUGGCCCGUGUCGGACGAGGACAAAAGAUUGAUGCGCGGAUGGGGCUCUGGCCGUUGACGUUGUGGCAUAUUUUGUACAGUCGGGACUUUUGGACUCUCGUUGCUGCCCUAGCGGGCAUCGUUCUUAUGCGGCGCGCCUUGUUGCGCAAGGGUAAAAGUAAUAUCUCACAGAGGGGCGAUAGCGCAGGUCACCUUGCCUCGCCUUGCACGUACUUCUGUGGCUCUCCAUCUGUGCCGGGCAUGUAG